AUAUUCGCCUUGUUAAACGCAAAAAAAAAGAAGUCUUCAUUUGAAGUGAAAAAUAUUAAUUUUAUUUCAAAAAAUAAUUAGUUCUGUUUCAAAGAUUAGUUACCUUUAAUUAUUUACGAGUUGUUUCUAAGAUAUUUGAAAUAAAUCAAGUACAGAGUUAUGAGUACAAAAGUAUUAUUUGCUUGUUCAAAAUGUUUUUCACGUCAUCCAUUUGAGGAACUUUCUGCUGGUCAGCAACUUUGUAAAGAUUGUCGAGGAAGUUACCCGAUUGUUAAAUGCACGUAUUGUCGAACUGAAUUUCAACAAAUUAGUAGAAGUAGUACAUCAGCUAUUUGUAAAAGAUGUGAGCAAAAUAUAAAACAGCAUGGUAAGCCAUCUGCUUGUGAAUUAUGCAAUAUCAUUGCAGCUUUUAUUGGGAACAAAUGUCAGAGAUGUGCUAGUUCUGAAGCUAAAUACGGUCCAGCAGUUGCAUGCGAUCAAUGCAAGCAAAGAUGUGCCUUUGAUAGGCGAGAUGAAAAUAAAAAGAUUGAUGGUAAAUUAUUAUGUUGGCUGUGUACUUGUUCAUAUAAGAGGGCUUUAGCCAAGGCCCGUCAAGUUGAAAGAGAUAGUCGUUUAAGUACAAAGAAGCGUCCUCAUCCAGAAAAAGAAAGAACUAAAGAAAAUUCAUCAACAAAAAAGCUUCAUCGUGAUAUAGCAAAGCAAUCUUCAAACAAGGUUGAAGUACCGGAAAAAUCUGCAAGUAGCAGACCAGUUGUAAAUAAUACUAAUACUUUUGCAGCAGCAGUUACAAUUGAUCCAAACAGUUCAGAUCAUGUAGUAGCAAUGACAACACUAAAAGAGCAAAUUGCAAGUUUGCAGCGUAGGCUUAAUCAAAAAGAUAAAGAGUUAUUGGAAAAAGAUAAACUGAUAACAGAGUUGAAAGGAAAAAAUUUCGAUAAGGAAAAUGAAAUGCGUAACAAAAUGAAGGAUAUGGAGAGAUUAUACGAAUUAAAAGUUGAUUUGUUAAAUAAAAAAGUAGCAUCAUUAUUGAAAGAAGUGGCGACGUUAUCAAAACAAAAUACAAAUAAAAAGAAUGGUUCAACUGUAUUAAAAUCAGAAGUUAAGAAGGAAAAAGAGAAAAAGGAAAGCGAGAAAGAAAAGGACAGGGACAGAGAAAUAGAAAUUGAAAUGGAAAAAGAUAAAAUCGAUGAUAGCGAUAAAGAAGAAGAAAAAGAUGAAAAAAUUAUUAAGGAUGAAAAAUCUGAUAAGGAUGAUAAUGAGGAUGAAAAUGAUAGAAGUGACAGCGAAAAGAAUGAUAAAUCUUAUAAGGAAGAAGAUGAAAGAAAAGAAGAUAGUACGAACGAAGAGCAGAAUGAAAAAAAUGGAAAGGAUGAGAAAAAUGAUAAUUCUAGCGAAGAUUCGAGCUCAAGAUCAGGAAGUCCAGCUAGCAAUUAGUUAAAAAUUUUAGCAUUGUACUCAUUAAUUGAAUCUUUUUAAAUUUCAUAUCAUGUGGCAGUUUUAAUUAGAUUUUAAGUAUUUAAUUAUAACAUUAAAAUUGUGCUGUUUAUACGAUACGAUACUAUGUUAUACUCUUGAAAGACGUCGAUAAUUUCUUAAAAAUUUUUGUUGCCACUAAGCUUAACUUUUUUUUAUAUUUUAUUUUCAUAAUGCAGGAAUGCAAUUUAGUUUUAUUCGCUUAAUUUUUAGUUAACUGAAAAAAAUUUAUAUAAUUUUUAGUUUUCUAAAAUAAUCUUUAAUUAAAGAAAAUGUGAACAUUUUAUAAAAAGAAAAUAAAAAUGAUAUAAUAAAAAUAAUUUCCUUUGAGUACAAUUUAAAAAAAU